AUGUUUUUACAAAAAGAAGUUCAUAUCUGCGACACUUCUGAUCUGAUUUCUUUAUUGUCGUCUGAAGUCAAAGAAUUUUUAACCAAUUCGGAGAAGGCCACAAUAGGUCUAGUUGGUUAUCCCAACGUUGGAAAGUCCUCCACGAUCAACUCACUUCUCGGCGAGAAACGAGUCUCAGUUUCCGCAACCCCUGGAAGAACCAAGCAUUUUCAAACAAUUCACCUUACGUCGUCUCUUGUCCUUUGCGACUGUCCCGGUUUAGUAUUUCCCAAUUUUGCCACCACUAAUGCUGAAAUGGUUUGUAAUGGCGUCCUGCCGAUUGAUCAGAUGAGAGAACAUACUGGACCAGCUGCUUUGGUUGCGAGGAGAAUACCAAAGGAAAUUUUACAACCGAUAUAUGGGAUAACGAUAAAGACGAGGAGUGAAGAGGAGGGUGGAGACAAUAUACCGACUGCUGAAGAAUUAUUAAGUGCAUACGCCGUUGCAAGGGGAUUAACAACUUCUGGAUAUGGAGCUCCGGAUGAAGCACGGGCGGCACGCUAUAUUUUAAAGGAUUAUGUGAAUGGCAAACUUCCAUAUUGUCAACCACCUCCAAUAGAUAUAACACCAGAAGAAUUUAACAGCGAGCUUCAUGAUCCUCAACUAUACUCCAAAUCUCGGAAAGACACUACAGUUCAGCAAUCUGAAUUGACUGUCGCCAAUUCUGCUAGAUCAAGCACGCUUGCUCAAACGAGUGAUAAAACAACGGCCCUAGAUAAGAGCUUUUUUAGUACAGCAGCGGCUGGAGCGCAUGCAAAAGGGCGUAGUUUCGGGCAAAGAGAAUUCACCAGAGGUGAUGCGUAUCCAAUAUAUGGAAGAAUCGCAAACGAUGGAAGUGUCUUGACGAAUACGACACAAGCAACAGCAAAAGACUUGGGGAAAAGACAUCACAAGAAGGGGAAAGGUGGUAAAAAUAGGAAGGAAAAUCCUUAUGAUGUUUAA